AUGCCUUCGUCCUCGGAAUACCUACGCGCUCACGACCGUGCGAGCAUAGAGAGUGACAAUGAUGAUCUCGACCUGGAGGAGCUGGAUCCCUCCUCGGCAUUUAACGCAUCACGGCUUUCGCGGGAUGAGCCGGUUCAACAGAGAGGUCAUAGUGGUCCAGGGAUAGCUCUUAGGAAUUUGCGUGUGGGUGUUGGGAAUCGCCGAUUAUGGAAACGGAGCAUGUCUGGUUCACAGGGGGAAGACACAGCUGGCUUGCUUGAGGAUCGUGAGGGGGAAAGAGGUCUCCGACCGUCGCAUGCGAGUUCCAGACCCUACACCGACGAUGAUGCUCCGCUGCUUGACCGCCGGGGCUCCGUACGCUCUCUUGCAGAUGGAGGACGAAUGCCGCAGCGGAGAUCUCGAUUAGGUUGGUUGAAAUCGAGUACGUUACUUGGCGGAUUACAUGGUUCGACAGGAGGUGGGAAGAAUACAGUGGAUGUGGUGAAGCCCCCGCGGGAUGUCCUUGUUGGCCAGGCGCAACGAGCGAAAUACCCGCCAAAUAUUGUCUCAAAUGCGAAAUAUACGCCGUGGAGCUUCCUGCCUCGCACCCUCUACAAUGAGUUUUCGUUCUUCUUCAACAUCUAUUUCUUGCUGGUGGCGCUGUCGCAGAUCAUUCCGGUGCUGAGGAUAGGAUAUAUGUCUACCUACAUUGCCCCAUUGGCUUUUGUAGUGUCUAUAUCGCUAGGAAAGGAAGCUUUGGAUGAUGUUGGACGGCGAAGGCGGGAUGCGGAGGCAAAUGCGGAAGAAUUCUCUGUGCUUGCUCUGGAUAAGUCUGGUGGGAGCAGAGCUUUUCCGAUUGCUGAAGACGUCGGGGAGAGCGUCCCGGUGAUUAUAAAGAAAUCCCGAGAUCUGAAAGUCGGGGACGUUUUGAAAGUUCGCAAAAACCAGCGUCUCCCCGCUGACGUUGUAAUAUUAAAAAGUGUUUCUAACGAUGCUACCGUGGCACGAGAAUCUCAGGAAGCAGGCGCUUCUCAUAAUGUCGACUAUGCGACCAACGGAUCAUCGUCUUCUGUACCUAAUCAGCAGCCAACCAUUAGCGCUGGUGCUGAUCAGACAGAUAUAUCCUCUGCUAGCGAUACUUUCAUUCGAACCGAUCAACUUGACGGUGAAACGGAUUGGAAACUACGACUGCCGUCGGUCCUGUCUCAGGCACUUUCGCUUGAGGAUUUCACGAGAUUAAAGAUUACAGCAAGUGGACCGGAUAAACGAGUCAAUGAAUUUGUUGGAAAUAUUGAGCUUCUGCCGCCAUCAGGGUUCUAUGAUCCACAUGUUGACAAGUCAGAGGAUAGAAGUCAAGAUGCUGAUGAGACGGAACAGAACAGUUCUGCGCCACUUACGAUCGACAAUACUGCGUGGGCUAAUACUGUUCUCGCGUCGAACACGAUCACGUACGCUGCUAUCAUCUACACUGGGUCUCAAACGCGAGCUGCGCUUUCCACGUCUCCUUCGCGGUCAAAGGUUGGGCUUUUGGAAUAUGAAAUUAACAAUCUCACCAAGAUUCUAUGCGCGUUGACUUUAACCCUCUCAAUCAUUUUGGUGGCGUUGGAAGGUUUCCAACCAACGAAUGAUAAGGAGUGGUAUGUUGCCAUUAUGAUUUACCUUAUUCUCUUCUCAACGAUUAUACCUAUGAGUCUCCGGGUCAAUCUGGAUAUGGCGAAAUCGGUAUACGGUCGCUUUAUUGAACGGGAUAAGGACAUCCCGGAUACUGUGGUCAGGACGAGCACCAUCCCAGAAGACCUCGGGAGAAUCGAAUAUCUCCUUUCAGACAAGACGGGUACCUUGACGCAGAACGAAAUGGAACUGAAAAAGAUUCAUGUUGGCACUGUCUCCUAUGCUAAUGACGCUAUGGAGGAGGUCGCGUCAUACGUUCGACAGAGCUUUUCGGGAAAUACUUUGACCAGUGCCGCGGCCGCAUUUGGAACCCAAGCAGGACUUGCAGCAGCGCCACGUACAAGGAGAGAGAUCGGUUCGCGUGUCCGAGAUAUUGUCCUAGCGCUUGCCUUGUGCCACAACGUCACCCCAACGUCGGAUGAGGAAGAUGGAGUGAAGGUGACAAAUUACCAAGCUUCAUCUCCAGACGAGAUUGCAAUUGUACGUUACACGGAAGAGGUUGGACUCAAGGUAGCAUAUCGGGACCGCCGAACAAUAGUUCUCGAGUCGACUGAUACCGGUAACGUCGUUGUGCGGGCGCGCAUUCUCGACAUAUUCCCCUUUACUUCUGAUAGUAAGCGUAUGGGUAUCAUUGUUGAGUUUGACAAGGACAAGGAUGUCCUCAAUUCCCCCGCAGAGGAGGAGAUCUGGUUCUACCAAAAGGGAGCGGACACUGUUAUGACCUCUAUUGUUGCGGCUAACGACUGGCUUGAUGAGGAAACAGCGAACAUGGCUCGCGAGGGCUUGCGGACGCUCGUGGUUGGACGAAAACGGCUUUCGCCGCUGCAGUAUCAGGAGUUUGCCAGCAAGUAUAAGCAGGCAUCUCUUUCGCUUCAAGGGAGAGAUAUCGGCAUGCAGAAAGUGGUUAAUGAGUAUCUUGAGCAUGACUUGGAGCUUCUUGGUGUCACUGGCGUGGAAGAUCGUCUCCAGAGGGAUGUGAAACCGUCGCUUGAGCUUUUGCGCAACGCUGGUGUCAAGAUCUGGAUGCUUACUGGUGACAAGGUUGAGACCGCACGAUGUGUUGCGAUUUCUGCGAAGCUGGUAGCUCGCGGUCAGUAUAUUCAUACUGUUGCCAAAGUUAAAGACAAAUCGGCCGCACAGGAAGCAUUGGACUUCCUGCGAAACAAGACUGAUUGCUGUCUCCUGAUUGAUGGCGAGUCUCUGGCUCUCAUGCUCAAUCAGUUCCGAUCAGCAUUUAUUUCGGUCGCUGUUCUCCUCCCUGCUGUGAUUGCAUGCCGGUGCUCACCAACACAAAAGGCUGAAGUGGCCGAUCUGAUACGUCUUCAUACCAAGAAGCGUGUUUGUUGUAUUGGGGACGGUGGUAACGAUGUGUCCAUGAUCCAAGCGGCUGAUGUAGGAAUUGGUAUUGUUGGAAAGGAAGGCCGUCAGGCCUCCCUCGCAGCUGAUUUCAGUAUCACUCAGUUCCACCACAUUACCAAGCUGCUUGUCUGGCACGGACGAAACUCCUACAAGCGCUCGGCCAAACUUGCACAGUUUAUCAUGCAUCGUGGCCUCAUCAUCAGCGCUUGCCAGACCAUGUAUAGCAUUGCUAGCCACUUUGAUCCGAAGGGUCUUUUUAUCAACUGGCUUAUGGUUGGAUACGCAACAGUCUACACCAAUGCGCCUGUUUUCUCCUUGGUCCUUGAUCGCGACGUGGAUGAACAGCUGGCCAAUCUUUACCCUGAGCUAUACAAAGAGCUCAAGACGGGUCGCAGUCUAAGCUAUCGCUCCUUUUUCACCUGGGUCCUAGUGUCUGUUUACCAGGGCGCUGUGAUCCAGGGCCUGUCUCAAAUCCUCCUUGACACCAUAUCUGGAAAGCGGCUUAUCAGUGUUUCAUUUACAGCUCUCGUAAUGAACGAGCUGCUCAUGGUCGCCAUCGCCGUCACUACAUGGCACCCUGUGAUGAUAUUCUGCCUCCUCGGUACCGCGUUGGUGUACGCUGCCAGCGUGCCCUUCCUCGGCGAGUAUUUCGACCUCAAGUAUGUGAUCACGCUAGACUGGAUCUGGCGCGUGGUAGCUGUCACGGCUGUGUCUGUUAUACCCGUGUGGGCUGCGAAACUGAUCAAGCAGUCUUGGAAUCCACCGAGUUACCGGAAAGUGCGAGGCUAGCUACUAU